GUCUCGCGAGGACGCAAUCAGUCUCGCUGCGUCCCGAUCAGCCGUCGCCGCAAAAUCGAGCGAAAACAGUUUGUCUGGUCGAAUUUCUGCCGGCCGCCGAGGAGGAGCGAUCAAACGGAAAAAGAGAUUGACAUUGGAAUAUCAGUCCAUUGACAACCCGCCCCUUCCCUACUUAUCAGAUGGCGGCCGAUUCAUCAACGGUAGCCGACUCGACCUCCGCUCAGGGCUCGCCUGCCACGCUAGGCAAGCGGAGGAGAACAACACCCAAGGGGCGUUCACCCUCGCCCGGUACACCUGCCAAACGGAACGCGACAAAUGGUACUGCUGCAGACGCAAGGUCCAAGUCACCCGUGAUACGCAGAACGCGUGGCAAAGCGGCGGCGGGGACAAAGAUAGAACCCAAGCUGAAGGAGGAAGAAAUAGAGACCCUGUUUGAAGCGAUACCUGAUGAUGGUAGCGCUGCUCUGCCAUCGCGAACGCGCAAGAGCUUGAUCACUGUCAUGCGGAACAUCGAUCCGAUAGGGAUACUCGACGAACGACUACGACACGCGGACAAGCUCCCUUACGCCACUCUGGCGGAAGCACUCGACCAUGAGCUCACUGCUGACUCUUUCAUGACCGUCGUCGGACGAGCUUGUCAGGCUAUAUUGACGCGUCAAGCGACUCUGACGAUCAAUGAGAAACGCGGGGAUGGCCGAUCAGAGGAGGCAGAGGAAGCUCCACUCACGCUUGCUCAGCACAAUGCUGGAUCCAGUCACGAUCCCAAGCUAGCACAGAAGCGACUGGAACAAUACCGCCGAGAGGGCGAAGUCCUCCAUCUCACGACGACGUUCAGCGAGACCGUUCGCAGUAUCCUCAACGAUGCUCUACAACGGGAUCUAUCUGCUCGACCAAUUUCACCAGAUCAGGGAUUGCCCUAUUACAUGCUCCAUCGUACCGUAGCAGGCCGUUCAGACGUCUACACUGGCCCUGCUCAGCUCACGCCGGAAGACGUGCUCCGGCUGGCAGAACUGAAAGAUACAGAUGUCGUCCAGAUCGCCAAUGGCCCUACGCGGCAUGACGAGCUGAAACCAUCUCAGCCUCACAAAACGCUCGGGAGCAUUCUCUCGGCUGGUCUUGCGCCUGCGCGACAACUCAUAAGGCCGAAGCUGUCAGAGCCCAACAUGCUCUACUACGAUCCAUUUGCCUCUUUCGCGCCCUCUUACGAUUCUGCCGGUGCCUCAUUGUCUUACGGACAGCAAUUAGAACGCUUGAUGAGCAGGCAAAGAGCAUCCGAGGCAAGGCAUCGACCUGCCAGCGGACCUUCGUCAAGAGCGAUCGAACCUAUUGCGAUAGAAGACCCUGGCGAGAUCGAUCCUCAAUUGCUGGAGGGCUACAGCCUGAACACGAGAGACAUCAUCGAAGCUGUGGAAGAUAUGGCAGAAGAAGAAGAGAUCACUCGACGCUUGGUCGAGAAUGCUGGUCGAUUGAGGUCUUUGCAAGCCGCUCAGCUCAACCGACUCCACGCACAAGCUCGCAAUCAUGAUAUACACAUUCCGGUCAAACUAGCUGCGACCGAACAGGAGGCCAGAGAAGCGAAAUAUCUGCUAGCUUCACUAGGCAGCCUCGUCUCGAUCUGCAGCUCGCAAGACUCGCUCAUACCGUCAGCAGAAAGCCUGCGCAGGGCGCAAGCAAUCUACAUACCCAAAUCUAUAGACGCGAGCGAGGAGCAACACGGCCUGCUCGGAGGCGAGCAUCUCCAGCGUGCCUUCCCAGACUCGGUGCUCACUGCACCACCUCAAGCAAGAGGCCAGCCGAUCAUAGGCAAUACUGGCACAUUUGCAGCUACGAGUGGCGCGUACAUUCCGCCUGCCAAUCCUACUCAUGCCCCUCGUACCUUCUCGCUCGACAAUGCGGCCGAGAAAGAAGGCGCGCGAAUCCGUCAACUUCCGCCGACGAGCUACGUGCAGCCGAGGCGUUACAACAUCAGCUAUGCUGCAUCCAGUCCGACUGUCGGGCCUCAUGCUCGCAAAUGAGCACUCGACUGAGUUCGGAGCUCAGCUUCUACAACGCUCUUGCCGAGCUUGCGACGUUGCCGCUCUUCCAGAGCAACUCGUUGCGAUUCUAUUCGUCUUUGCACGA